AUGGCUGCCAUCAAGGCUCUGGAGCAGUGGUGCAGGCUGCAGUGCGACGGCUACAGAGAUGUGGCCGUCACCAACAUGACCACCUCAUUCAGGAGCGGGCUGGCUUUCUGUGCUCUCAUCCACAAAUACAGACCGGACCUCAUAAACUAUGACUCACUCAGAAAGGAGGAUGUGUUCGAGAACAACAGACUGGCUUUUCAGGUCGCAGAGGAGAAGUUGGGGAUCCCGGCUUUGUUAGAUGCAGAAGACAUGGUGGCGUUAAGGAUCCCGGACAGGCUGAGCAUUCUCACCUACGUCUCCCAGUACUACAACUACUUCAAGGGAAGGCCCGCAAUGGGAGGUGUGAAGAGGCCAGCAGAGGGCUCCAAGGAGGAGCCAUCAGAGAAGAAGAAUCUCCCUGUGGUCGCCAAACCCUUUGUGUCUAAAACCACGGCAGAGAAUCGUUCACCGUCCACUCACACUGCUCAGACGUCACCCAAACUGCCCAGAGCUGCUGCUCAGAAGGUGGUUUUGGCAGAAAACGCCAACAAAUCCGGGACUCUCAACAGCAAAUGUGUGGCCUGCAAGAACCAUGUUCAUCUGGUGCAGAGGCACUUUGUGGAAGGCAAGCUCUUUCACAGAAGCUGUUUCAAAUGCAGCGAGUGCUCCGGCACGCUCCACGCAGGAAGCUACAAACUCGGGAAGACUCCAGACUCUUUCAUCUGCAGCACCCAGCACAAAAGUUGCAAACCUCCCUCCUCCUCUGAGGUCGCCAGCAAAAACGUUCCCGCCACUUCACCUGUGCGAUCCAAUGGUGCCAGCCAAACCCAGAAUGCACUGCUGCCGUCGUCUGUGCUGUCAGCCCCGCUCAGUAUCAUCAAGAAGCCAGUCAGUGCGACUUCACCUCCCCAGACCUGGACGUCGUCGGCCCAGAGGACGCAGACGGCCCGGCAGAGGUUUUUCGAGACGGCUUCACCAGUGACGCAGACCUCAGCUGACAACAGGAAGCCCACGGAGCCCUCAGGUGUUUGGGAGAGGCCAAAGGUCACGCUCUGGCCUAACGACGACCAGAGCAGAGCCAGGAACCCAACUGGAAGGAAAGUAGCUGAAGAAAACUGCAACAAUAACAACAAACGGGCGUUCACCGUCCGUUCGGCAGAGAAACGGUUUGGAGACGAGCCAAGUUCAGCUGACAGCCCCGGGUUGAGAAUGGAGAAACGCAGCCAAGGCCCAGCAGGAAAGCGGGCAGGACAGCGCUCCACCAGCCAGGCGGACAAUAAGGAAUCGCCACGUCUGAAGGCCGUCGACAAAGACGACACGAGGCCAGCGACUGUACACGCAACCGCCAAAGAUCCGGUUUGCCGAGAGGGACAAUCAAAGUUCUACCCUGUGAGAACCGAGCUCGUUCUAAAAGAUGCUGAAGCUGAGCAACAUAAGCCUGGAUUCAUGUCCUCGCCGUCUUCUAACGUGAUUCCAACAAGACCUCCCACGUCCCCGGCACCGGCCCCUCCUCCAGUCUGCUUUGCUCUGUCUGACCCUGUGAACCUCAUGGACGUCUCUCCACAGAAACCCCAGCCCGACUCUGAAAACCAGGGUUUUAAACGCGGGACUCGCUCGCCUGUGAAAUCCCCUCCCAGACGUCCAGCUGUGGAAUCUAUUAGCAUUUCAACGAGCUCGGCCAAUCAUGGACGUCCGUCAGGUGCUAAAAAGGGAAAGUAUUUGUCACCCACCAACGCCUCCAGGACUGAAAUGAGGUCACCCUCUGUGAAGUCUUAUCACGUCCCGGCGGAGCAGAUCGAGAGGGAGCUGAGUGAUAUCGAGACCAACUUGGCUCAGUUGGAGCAGGAGGGUGUGGAGCUGGAAAAGGAUCUCCGCAGCUGUGAGGAGGAGGGAGAGGGAGACAUAUUGAUGGACCCACUGAUGGUUGACUGGUUCAACCUGAUUCGAAAGAAGCAGAUGUACAUUAGAAAAGAGUCUGAGCUCGUAUACACAGCCAGGACGCAGGAGCUGGAGCAGCAGCAGCCAGGUGUGGAGGGGGAACUUCGCCGGCUGCUGGAGACGCCAGAUCAUUUAAAGUCCAGAGCGGAGCGACAGCGGGAGACCACGUUGAUGCAGAUGCUGAUGGAGAUUGUGAACGGCAGAAAUGCGAUAGUGGAGGGUCUGGACGAAGACAGGCUGAGGGAAGUGGAGGAGGAUCAGCAGUUGAAUGAGAUGAUGAAAAAUCUUGGAGUAAAGAAAACAAAAAAUAAGAGGAAGUCCUCCAUCUCAAAACUGUUCAGACGAAGAAGUAAAAGACGAGUGGAAUGA